AUGUCUUCACAUUCAUCCUCGGCAUUCGAAUCGCCAAAUGGAAGCAGCAUCCGAAGCAUCAAAUCAUCAUCAUCUUCCAAUUCAAUAUCAACCAUCCGAAACAGAUCCAAAAAGAAAGGCCCUAACAAAAAGCAUUGUCAAGAUGAAAUUUUAGAAAAGGAUUGCAUCAAAAUCGGGAAGAAUCUGUUUUUUGAUGACGAAGAUAAUGUCACUUGUCACAAUAUUCAAUUAUUUAUUGACUCACAAUCCGUAUGUGAUGAAAUGUUAAAAAAGAAUCCACCACAAUAUCACUCCGAUUCCUCACUCUCACCUAAACCACUAGUUUCUAAUUUAAUUAUCAAAAAUCGAAUUGAACAAUUCACUAAACAACAAAAUACAGAUCCCGAAUUAAUGUUGCGAGACAUGAUUGAAAAGGAAGGUAUUUUCACAAAAAAAGAAAUUGAACAAGAAAAACAGAAAGAAAUGCAUCAUUCAAACAAUAAUAAUGAAAUAUUAACAAAACAAAAUGAACAAUUCAAAAAAUAUGAAAUUAGAGAUCGUAAAAAUAGAAUUUUUGAUAUCAGAAAUGUUAUUCGAUACAUCACAAACGAAGAAGCUCUCUACGCUCUCAAAUUAUGUAAUAAUAGUGAAGAAGAAACCAUCCUUAAAUUAAGCUCUGAUUUCUCAUUUCUUCAACAAAUUAGAAAAGAAAUUGCAUUAGAUUAUAAUCCUAAUCCAGAUUUGACAGUUGAACAUUUGGUUCCAAUUGCUGAUAAAUGGAAUUAUGAAUCAACUGAUCCUCAUGAGGAUGAGAUGGAUAUUAUCAAUAAUGAUGAAGAAGUUUUGGAAAGUGUUGCUGAAAACCAUUCAAAGGAUACUGCUAACUCUACUCGUAAUUCAAAAAAGAAAUCAAAAAAGAAAGACAAGUAUGAAAGUGAAGAUCAUUCUUCAUCAUCAGCCUCAUCGAGGAGGUGUGCAUCCUCUGCCACUACUACUAGUUUUUCUGAUGAGGAAGAAGAAGAAUUUAAGGAUGAUGAAAAUGAUGAUGAUUUUGUAAUGUCGAAUUCUUCAUCGAGACGCAAGAAAAAGUCCUCCUUGUCCUGUUCCAAAACAACUCAAAGUUCCUUUUUAAAAUCUCAAAACAAAAGAUCUAAAAAGUCGAGUACAGAGCCACAAACAGUGGCCACGAAGAAGAAAAGCAACACUUCAACAAGACAGAAAAAACGCCCAAUAGACAGACAUAGAAACAGCCAUUCAGAGGAUCAUCAUGAAGAGGUCAAUGAAUCUCAUCGAAUGCAAUGCAACGACUCGAGUGAAGAAGAAGAAGAUCAUCAUGACGAAGCCUUUGAAAUUUCAUCCGAAGAGUUCAUCAAUGAAGACGACGAAGAUGACGACGAAUUCAACCAUGAGGAAGAGAUGGACCAUCCUCAUCACUCCCAUGAGGAUGAUUAUGAAGAAGAAGCACUCUCUGAAGAGCAACAACCAUCAUCAAGAAAAACUAAAAGAAAAGCCUCCUCAACCACCACUCGCAGUAAUAGUAGCAGUCGACGAAGAACAAGCACCAAAAGAAAAUCCAAGUCUACCACUGGCUCUUCCUCAUCAACGACUACCACAACAAGGCUUCUUCUCGAUGAUGCACUUACAGCUGUACAAACAAAGGAAGGUUGGUCCAAAGCAAGAAUUGAAGCCUAUGCAAAAAUCAAAACAAAUCCCAAUGUUUACUAUUACCGAUUUAAUGAACCUGGUGAAUCUCAAAGGAAUGGCAAAUGGAGUGAGCAAGAGAAGGCCAAGUUUAUUAAAAAGUUGAAGGAAUAUCUUGCCGAGACGGACAACUUUCAAUGGGGUAUAUUCUCCAAACGUAUUCCAGGGCGAGUGGGAUAUCAAUGUAGCAACUUUUAUCGAACUCUAUUGAAAUCAGGUGAGAUUAAGGAAGACUGGGUUGAGAAUUUUAAAAGAAGUUGUGCGAACAAUAACUCCAACAGCAAGAAACGUAAAAAGUCAUCUUCAUCUUCAAGAUCUUCAAAAAAGAAGAAGAUGCAAGAAGAGGAAGAAGAAGAAGAGGAACAUCACUUGCAAGAUGAUUCUACAACGGUCAAUGAUAGCGAAUCGAUUUCAUCACAUACCGAGAGCACCAACACCAACACUACUCUCGAGAGCAAUCAUGAUGACGAACAAGAUGAAGAAGAGAGCGAAGAUGAGGAAGCAGCCUUUAUCAAUUAUUUCAAAGGAUUCAUCGAUCCCAUUACAUCAGAGGAGAUUGAAGAACCUGCCAUUUCACCCUAUGGCCAUGUAUUGGGAUACAAGACAUGGCUCAAAGUUUUGAACACAGAACCCAGAAAUACAUGUCCAUUCACGAAACAACCACUCACUAAGAGAAAUUUAACCAAGCUCAAUUUUGAAAACUUUGAAGAGUUUAGAGAGAAGAUUCUAAAUGUUACUGAUUGA